AUGGGGGGGAAGAAGUGAGAAGAGAGAGGGGGGGUGAGUGAGUUAGGGAGAGUGGGGUGAAGAAGUGAGAAGAGAGAGAGGGGGAGAGCAAGACGAGACCGAGAGAGCAAGAAAGAGAGAGAGAGACAAACGGCUAAUGAACACUGGAACAUAAAGAAAAAAACAGAUCAGCUCUAUGAUGGACAGGUGUAUGUGUGUGACAAUGUAUUCUUCUGCACACAACUUUAGGUUUGCGUGGCAUUUGCGUCUCAAAUGCCACCCUAUUCCCUAAUAGGGGCCCUGGUCAAAAUUCGUGCACUACAUAGGGAAUAGGGUGCCGUAUGGAACGCACACACAUAAUUUUGUUCUUACUACAACACUUUUUCGACAAAGCUACUUGAAAGAUAUAAAGAAAUAAUUAUAAUGAAGACCUGUUGCCUUACAGAACAAAAGGCAAUAUUUGUUUUGUUGUGAGCUACUCUACAAGUAGUUCACGUCCGGAGUCAUUAUUUAUUUUUCACUGAAAUGGAUAGAGUUUUUUGUUGUCGUGACGACCUUGGAACAUAAACUAUAUAUGUAUUAUAUGAAAUAUGCAAGGAUAAGAAGAAAUGGAUGAAAACGACCAAAGAACACGUUUGAUUAUGAGAGACUGACUACACACAUCUACCAAUUUCAGUUUGAAAUGAAUGCAGAAUGAACAACUGAAAUGAUUGCAGAUCAAACAACUGAAUUUACUACAGAAUGAACAACUGAAAUGAUUGACAACAAAGGCCACAGAAAUCAACGUAACGUUCUUUGAUAGCGGCAAUCACUUACAGUACAUUGAUAAUAUGAAGGAGAGAUGAGAAAUCUGUCUUUGGUUGUGCACAGCGAAUAUAGAGAGAGACCGCACACACACACAGGGUUGGGUUACAGUUACUAGUUACUUGUCCAAAAUGUAGAUUACCCCAACGCAGUAAUGUAAUCUGAUUACUUUCAGCUACUUUUGGAUUACUUCCCCUUAAGAGGCGUAAGAAGAAGACUAAAAGGAUCCAUCAAACGCAUUUAGUGUGUCAUCACAGUGGUCUCUGACAUCACAGUGGUCUCUGACAUCACAGUGGUCUCUGACAUCACAGUGGUCUCUGACAUCAUAGUGGUCUCUGACAUCAUAGUGGUCUCUGACUUGUGGUUAGACUCGGUCAGGUGGAACAAACUUAAACUUGAGCCUUUUUUUCAAGGCUGAAUUGAAUGUCGCUCAUAAUACAGGUGUCGUAAUAUAUUUUUUGUCAAACAGCCUUUCUGAAUUUAUAAGUAAUCCAAUAAAUAAUCAUCUCUUUUCUGAAAAGUUUUUGUAAUCUGAUUACAAUAUUUCUGCUGGUAACGUAACUGAUUACUGUUCGUUUCAGGGGUUUUUUGUAAUCCGAUUACAUAUAACGGAUUACAUGCAACCCUACACAAACACACACAUACCAGUCUUGGGUUGGAUUUCUGUGUUCCUUUCAGGGCCUCUAUUGUGUGCAGGCUAACAAACCCACAGAAGGUAGUUUUCUCUUUGCUAGUUAUGAUCAAUUACUUUCUCUCUCUAGAUGUAUUUUUUGGUACAAGCCAAACAGAAACUUUAGUGAAGGACAAACAAACAACUGCAUUGGUGCCAUGGUACUGGAGGGAGUUUUAACUGCUAUGAGAUGUUUUCUAUGAAAUGCGUGUGUGUGUGUGUGUGUGGUGUGUGGUGUGUGUGUGUGUGAGAGAGAGAGUGAGAGGGGGUAACUGUAUGUUCUCUUUAAAGGGGCAUAACUUUUCACUGUGAGGUUUUUAAAGAUACGGUAUGACAAAUGGAGUGUACCCAAAUGGCAUCCUAUUCCCUAUAUAGUACACAACUUUAGACCAGAGCCCUAUGGGCCCUAUUCCCUAUAUAGUGUACUACUUUAGACAAGAGCCCUAUGCACCCUAUUCCCUAUAUAGUGUACUACUUUUGACCUGAGCCCUGUGGGUCCUGGUAGUGCGCUAUGGGCCCUGGUCAAUAGAAGUGCACUAUAUAGGGAAUAGGAUGCCAUUUGGAAUGUAGGAAUACUUUCUUGACAAAAUUAUUGCAUGUGUUGUUAUUAUAUCUUAUACUUUGGAGUUGUGUUCAUUCCUGAUUUUCAUUUUUGUUGAUUUAUUUGUAUUUUUUUAAAUCACCUUUACUUCAUGUAUUUAAUUCAAAUGUUCUGUGAUUAUGAUUGCAAUUCCAUUCCAACCCUAAAUGUAUAAAAACACUCAUUGAUUUUGGAUUGUAUUAAAAAAUAUGGGCAGGAGGUGGUUCUCUACAGUACAGUGUAAUAGGAGAAUACACAAAAGUUAUUAUUUUAAGUCCACUAGCUGUUACCUUGAAAUAAGGGUUACAUCUAUAGCAGUAUCUGUACUACAUAGUAUUUAACGCUAUCUGAUUUGGCAAGUAGAGGACGUUCGCAUGACUGUAAAUUGGAUAAAAAUCGUCUGCUAAAUGGCAUAUUAUUAUUAUAUUAUUAUUGUUAUACAGUCUAAUAGUCUCUUUACCCCCAAAGGAGUACUGUAUUUUGAAACUGUUAUUUUAUGAUUGUACUUAAAUCACUAAAGAUAUUGUACGUCUAUGGUUACACUACUACUACUACUACUCAUUAUUUUCGCAGUACUAACAUUAUCUACCUUGUAUUGAAAGAAAUGACCAGAAAUGACCAGAAAGCCCAAUGCGGGCUCCCAGGUCAGGACAGGGAUGUGACCUGUUCUUUUGCACCAACAUGAGGGAGAGGAAGAGCUACUGCUGUGUUUAUACUCUAUGCCACUCUCUUCCCUUGGUACUCUGAGUCUCACCAUACUGUAUAUCAGGGGAGGAGAUUAUAUAGGGCCUACCAUGGUGACUUGGGGUCUCUGUCUAUCUAUCUUCUCCCUCAACCAUUAGGAACGAAAUAAUAAAGAGUGGAACAGGCGGAGGUACCAUCUGAACUUGCCCAAUAAGAAACGACUUGUUUUCGUUUUCCAAUGCAAAACGUUUUGCUACUGUGUGCCCUAAUGAACAUGAAUGAGCCUGCUGAUCCCCUGAGCAGCCUGUGUGUAGGAGGGAAUGGAUAUCUGAUUGAAGUUGAUUUGUUCCCCCCUUUUAUUUGGUCUUUUUUCCCCAUUAGUCUCUUAUUGUAUUUGAGUUGAAAGGCCAAGAAAAUAAUGUUUGUUUGUUUUUCCAUUCCAAAAAUAACACUAUACCAGAAUUGAAGAAAUUCGUUUGAUUUCCCCUUGAUACGAAAUCAAUAAAUGGCUGUUUUGUAUUAUUGAUGAUUGUCAUUCAGUUAUUAUUCUGUUAUUAUUCAAUCAAUGUCUGCCCCUAAUCAAUGUGCUAUGUAAACCUAUGUUUUUUGCUGCUGUUUCAUUGCAAUGCACAUUUUAGUCAAAUAAUAAGUUAGUAAAGUUAUUGGUAAUGUCAUGUUCAUAAUAAUGGGUAACACUUUACCUUAAGUUUGACAUUUUGAUCAUUUAGCAGACGCUCUGAUCCAGAGCGACUUACAGGAGUAUUUGGGGUUAAGUUCCUUGCUCAAGGGCACAUCGACAGAUUUUUCACCUAGUCGGCUCGGGGAUUCGACCAGCAACCUUUCGGUUACUGGCCCAAUGCUCUUAACCGCUGGGCUACCUGCCACCAGUUGCUACUAUACCCCCUGUCAACUAAACAUGAAUAAUAACUGUAGUAACAACACUGUAGUCACAUAGGAAUUGCUACGUAACUACAUGGUUUUAGAAUGGGAGUUAGCCUUGUUGCACCAUCCUGAACCCGCCAGCUAACAUAACAUUAGGGCUCCCGAGUGGCGCAGCGGUCUAAGGCACUGCAUCUCAGUGCUAGCGGCAUCACUACAGACCCUGAUUCGAUUCCAGGCUGUAUCACAACUGGCCGUGAUUGGGAGUCCCAUAGGGCGUCAUCCGGGUUUGGUCGGUGUAGGCUGUCAUUGUAAAUAAGAAUUUGUUCUUAACUGACUUGACUAGUUAAAUAAAGGUUAAAAAAUUUUUUAUCAGUUUCUCUAUAUGGAUAAAGUGAAACUAAACCAGAGCACAGCGGUAAGGAUGGUGGAUUAGGAUGCGUCUAGCAGGGUUGGGAUCAAAUUCAUUUAAAUUCCAGUCAAUUCAGGAAGUACACUGAAAAGUCAAAUUCCAAUUCUCUUCCAUGCUUGUCAAUGACUGACAUUUGUAAUUGUAAUUAAGAUUUGCUUUUUGAAUUGAAAUGAAUUGAGCCCAACAAUGGAGACUAGAUGGGAGUAGGCCUGAAGGGAAAGUGUAGACCUAGGUAGGGUUUUUAUUUCUCAACACACCACACAGAAGGGCCUAGCUAGUACCACUGGAGGGCAAUGUAAGACCUCCCAUAGUUUCACUCUUCUGUCUUAUUCACCAGUCAACUGAUAGAACUAAAUCAGUUGGAUUAUCCAAUAAUUGUCUUUUGACGACAGACCAAAAAGCAAAUUGUUGAACAAUGUAAUUUACUGCAAUAGAUGGAAUUCCUAUGCCGUAUUAUUCAAUCUCAACUCUGGACCUCGAAGCCGGUUUCCACUGCAUUUUUUUCAUUGUUCCCCUUUAAUCAGGGACCGACUUAGACUUGGGACACCAGGUGUGUGCAAUUAAUUAUCAGCAGGCCCCAGACCUCAUAGGGCAGGGGUGUCAAACUCAUUCCACGGAGGGCCUAGUGUCUGCAGGUUUUUGGUUUUUCCUUUCAAUAAAGCCCUAGACAACCAGGUGUGGGGAGUUCCUAACUAAUUAGUGAUGUUAAUUCAUCAAUCAAGUAUAAGGGAGGAGCGAAAACCCGCAGACACUCGGCCCCCCGUGGAAUGAGUUUGACACCUGUGUCAUAGGGUAAGAAUGAAAUAUCCCUGCCCUAUAUAGUGCACAAAUGUUGACCAGGGUCCUAUGGGGACACACCAUGGUUUUGGAAGACUAUCGUGGUGUUGCUGGAAUGUCAGAUUUCCACAAGCAAUGUCAAUAAACUGCCUGCGAUCAAGAUUUAGACCUUGCGCAUUAAGCUGAGAGAUGGAGGCAAGCAAUUGGCUUCUCAAUGUCUGAAGAUAAAUCCCAAAUGGCAUCCUAUUACCUAUACAGUGCACUACUUUGGACCAGAGCCCUAUUGGCCUUGGUCAAAAUUAGUGCAAUAGGGAAUAGGGUGCCAUUUGGGACAAUACAGAAUAAAUCAGUCUACAGUUUCAAGACGGCAGUAGUGGAGAUGGUAUUUAAUUGCUUUGACAUGAAUAAUGUAACUAUGUUGAAGUAAUGGCUGUGUUAACGUAGACUACAGCAUUCUAUGCUGAGCAUUAAUUAAACAAUGUGUCACGCCCUGACCAUAGAGAGCCCUCGGUUCUCUAUGGUGUUUAGGUCAGAGCGUGACUGGGGGGGUUGUCUAGUUUAUAGAUUUCUAGGUUCGUGGUUUGUGUGGUUCCCAAUUAGAGGCAGCUGGUAAUCGUUGCCUCUAAUUGGGGAUCAUAUUUAGGUAGGCUUUUUCCCCACCUGCAUUUGUGGGAUAUUGUUUGAGCACUAUGUCGUCACGGUCUUUGUAAGUUUUGUUAUUUUGUUUCACUUUGUAAUUAAUGACGUGGAACUCAAUUCACGCUGCGCCUUGGUCCGCUCAUUUCCAAGAUCGUGACACAAUGUGAAUUAUUUUUCCUGUUGCCAAAUGGCUAAUCUAAUCGUUUUAAAAUCAGUGUUUUUGAUGUAGAAUAAAUUCAUCUAGUCUUCAGAUGUUUUAAAGUUGUAUUCCUGGUUGCAAAGUAACGGUAGACAAGCCCAUAGACAUGACAGACCGUCACAGUCCGGUCUGUGUCAGUGACGUGGAGUUAGGUUUUCUUUAGGACCCUGCAAACGGCAGUUAAUCAUUUCAACGAAUGGCACCUGUUCGAUUCAAAGGGGAAAUCGGGAGGCCACGGUGUUGGUGCUAGUAUAUCCUUUUCGCGCGGAGUAAAAUAAACUUUUAAAAUGAUUACCUACGUCCAUCUAUCUUAUUUGCAAUACUAAAUAAAGAGCGUCGCAAAGCCGUCUCUUCAAAUUUGUGAACAGGUUCCAAGCAGCGAGCCAUUUGGCAUUGCCCCACCACCAUGCGUCUGUUCCUGCGUCGGCGCAUGUCCCUCCUGAAGCUGGCCCUGGCUGGGGGGACUCUGUUUAUGGUUGUCCUUGUCGUCCUCCAGAAAGACGUGGGCUUCAGCUCCAACUCUGUCCAGGACCCCUGGUUCCAAGACCUGGUGGAACGCAAGGAGAGAGUGCUGGUGAUGGUCCGAGGAGCAGUCAACAACUUGGGCUUCCAGAUUGGAGCUCCCCAGCCUCCACUGGUGGAGGAGCAGCAGGCCACCUCAGACCGCAACUGUCCUCCAGGUCACUACACCCAAGCAGAGUUGAAGCCAGUCCUGGAGAGGCCCCAACAGGACCCCCAGGGGCCCGGGGCAGAUGGGACAGGCUAUGAGAAAGACAAGAUGACACCAGAGGAGGAGAAAGAGAAGGAAGAUGGGAUGACUGUUAACUGUUUCAACCAGUUCUCCUCCGACAGGAUCUCCCUCAGCCGUAGCCUAGGAGACGACACCCGGCCACCAGAGUGUGUGGAGUGUAAAUUCCGUCGCUGUCCUCCUCUCCCCACCACCAGUGUAAUUAUAGUGUUCCACAAUGAGGCCUGGUCCACCCUGCUGCGUACCGUCUACAGCGUCCUCCACACCUCCCCUGCUGCCCUGCUCACUGAGAUCAUCAUGGUGGACGACGCCAGCACUGCAGAGCACCUGGGGACUCGGCUGGAUGAGUAUGUGAAACAGCUGAAUAUAGUGAAGGUGGUGAGACAGCAGGAGAGGAAGGGCCUGAUCACAGCCAGGCUCCUGGGGGCCAGGGGGGCACUGGGACAAACACUCACCUUCCUGGACGCACACUGUGAGUGUUUCCAUGGCUGGCUGGAGCCCCUGCUUGCUCGUAUCGUAGAGGAGCCCACGGCCGUGGUCAGCCCAGAGAUCACCACCAUCAACCUGAAUAACUUUGCCUUCAAAAAGCCUGUAGCCACCGCUAAGGCCCAGAACAGAGGAAACUUUGACUGGAGCCUCACCUUCGGCUGGGAGGGCAUCCCCGAGCAGGAGAGGAACAGACGCAAAGACGAGACCUACCCCGUCAAAACUCCAACGUUUGCCGGUGGGCUCUUCUCCAUCUCCAAGAAGUAUUUUGAACACAUUGGGACGUACGAUGACAAGAUGGAGAUCUGGGGGGGUGAGAAUGUGGAGAUGUCCUUUAGGGUGUGGCAGUGUGGGGGCCAGCUGGAGAUCAUUCCGUGUUCUGUGGUUGGUCACGUGUUCCGUACCAAGUCCCCCCACACCUUCCCUAAAGGCACUGAGGUCAUCACACGGAACCAGGUACGAUUAGCCGAGGUCUGGAUGGACGACUACAAACGCAUCUACUACCGACGCAACAGUAACGCUGCGAAGAUGGCCAAAGAGAAAGGGUUUGGUGACAUCUCAGAGCGUGUGAAUCUGAGGGAGAGCCUACAUUGUAAGAACUUCACCUGGUAUUUGAAUAAUAUCUACCCUGAGAUGUUCGUACCAGACCUCACCCCGACCAAGUUUGGAGCGAUUAAGAACUCUGGCACUCAGAGCUGUCUGGAUGUAGGAGAAAACAACCAAGGAGGAAAGCCACUGAUCAUGUACACCUGCCACAACAUGGGGGGCAAUCAGUACUUUGAGUAUACGUCCCACAAGGAGCUGCGUCACAACAUAGGGAAGCAGCUGUGUCUGCAGGCCAACCCCCAGCCAGACCAGGUUAAGAUAGAGCUCUGUACACUGAAGGGCCAAGGGACCAGCGUGGCGCCACAACAGGAGUGGGUCUUUACAGAGGAGAAUCUCCUCCAGAACCCAGCCAGUGGAAAAUGCUUACUCCUGAUAGGGAGCCAGAUAGUGAUGUACUACUGCAACACUGCUGAUCUCAACCAGCACUGGACAUUCAGUUGACCUCCCUGAACUUUAACCCCUGACCUUAACCAAAAUUAAAGCUUGUACUGGACCUUGACCCCUAUACCAGCUCAUCCACCCAUAGACUCAGGGUCAAGAAGGAAGGGCCAGUGCCAGCUGAGGACAACAGGACAGGAACAUAUGCCACUGAGAACACAACAUUGCUGACUUGAGAGGAAUGAACUGGUAGAACAUGGAGUACUGCCUACCUAUGUGAAUGAGCUCAGGAUUUAACCUCUGACUGUUUGAACUAUAUUUAUGAUGGAGACUCAGGAAUGAAGGUUGAAGGUGGUCUGGUUCCUUCUCGUGGUGGGGGGGAACUGAACACUGCAGCCUGGGUUGUGUUCAGUAGGGGGAAAUAUUUCGAAGCAGAGUGAAACUGGGAUCUCCACUCCUACCUGAACUUGUCCAAUGAGAACACAGAUUGACAUUUUUGUUGCAAAACCUUUUGCUACGGUAUACCCUACUAAACAUGACCCUGAACUGGCAGGCAGCGAUAUGCUCUACCCAGCUAAUAUGGUAGGAAGAUGUCCAUCACUGACCACUAGGAUCUUAACACAGAAGUUCCUUUUCUUUAUACUCCAGAUUUUAAAUAAUUGUUUUGUUUGUCUAAUUUACACUAUGUUUGUCAGGAAAUUAAUGUAGACAUUGUGAAUGUCGUUGCUGUGACAAUGCAAAUAUCUGCCAAAGGGAGAGGUGUAAAAAAAAAAAUGUUUUUCUUAUUUGUCAUAGUAAACUGACAUACUGUAUGUUCCUUACAGGAUAUACCAGAGGUAAAGGGAUAUUCAAAAUCAUGACAAAUAUUCCUAUUAACAUAUGAAGGAUUGGAAUGGAAAUUGAAUGAGUACUUUUGGGGGGUUUUAAUUUAGUUUAAUUCUUGAUUUAUUAACAUGCCUUUAAUAAGACUUGUGAUAUCAACUUUACCCAUCUUUUGGCCACAUUAGAUUAAUAAAAACAAGAAGAUUGUGUAUUACAGCCAGCAUUUGAUAACAUGUCUUUCCAGCAGCGUCUACCAAUGUGAUACUUGGUUGGUUUCUACCAGACUGUCUCCAGCUCGUUGUGUGUUUUUGUUCCUGGUUAUGUACUAAUUUACAUAUGGCACGAACUGAAAGUACUGUGUGUUCAAAAUACAAUGCUAUUAGGCAAAUUAUCUGGCAAGGGAACUAAGGGAUGCUGAAUAUCAUGCUCUUGUGUGUGUCUGUUCCUAUGUGACUUUCAUACUUUUUGAUUCCAGACCAACUUUUAUUACGCUGGAGAUAUGGGCCCUGUUCUUAUCAGAACCCACAAGCUGAUAAUACUAGACUUUUCUUUUUGUCCCAAAUGGUACACCGUUCCCUAUAGUGCACUACUUUUGACGAGGGCCCGUAGGGAUCUUGUCAAAAGUUGUGCACUAUGUAGGUAAUAGUGUGGUAUUUGGGACUUACGAAUUCCUACAAUAAUAAACCUUGUUCCGGGUAAGCUGUUGAAUAGGCUAGUUAAUGAUAAAUAUAUCUUUCUCUCACAA